UUCUCUCUCUCUCUCUCGCUCGCUCGCUCGCGAUUAACGAACAAAAAUCAAACCUUUUAAGUUCCCUCUCAAUCGGUUUCGAGGAUUAGCAUCGGGGAAGGAAGGAAGGAAGAGUGGGGGGAGGGCGCGAUUUCUAGGGUUUCGGCGUUCGAAAUUAACGGCUAAUUCGAUCGGUUGACAAGACGGAGCGAGGUCCCGAUCCCCGCGAUUUUAGCUUUUGGUCCGGCGGACGGGGCCGGAGACGAUGAACGAUCAGUCCCAGCUGAUCAAUCAAGCCCCGCCGAUGGCGAAUCAGGGCCCGAUGUUCGGCGGCCAGCAGCAGCAGCCGCCGCCGCCGAUGCCGAUGAGCCAGCCUCAGCUGAUGGGUGCGUCCAAGGCGAUGAGCCUGCCCCAGAUUAGGACCGCGAGCCAGCCUCAGAUGUUGUUGGGGCAGCGCCAGUCCCCGGCGUUCGGUCUGCCGAUGUUGAGCAGGGGCUACAAGCCGUGGCCGCCUCCGCAGCUGCUGCAGCAGCAGCUUGGGAUGGAUCCGAGCGCCAAGUUCCGCGGCGGCUUGAAGCCCGGGUUCGGGGCUAUGAAGCAGCAAGGUAGGGGUAAUUGGAAGGGCAAGAAGCCGAACGACAAGCGCGUGGACUUGAGGAAAGCCCCUAAUCCCUCGGUUAACGCCGUCAUGGCUGGUGCGGUUGGCGCUGGGAGUUAUCAGCCCCCGAGCCUUAACGAGUUACAGUCCCAGAAUCACUUGAAAGCUCGGAAGUUUUACCCGAAGAAGAAGUUUAAUAAUAGGUUCGCCCCUUAUGCGCCGAGGAACACUUCGUCGUAUAUCAUGCGGGCGAAGAAGUCCGGAGGGAUUGCGUCCUUGGUGUCCCCGAGCCCGGUCACGCCGGCGGUGCUGCCGACGCCGAGGUUCUCACCGACUACGGAAGUUUUAGGGGACAUGGCGAAGGAGGAGUGGGGUGUGGAUGGGUAUGGGUCGAUGAAGGGUUUGAUUAGGCUCCGUAACGAGGCAGGGUUUAGGGAACACGAGGAGGAGGAGGAGGGGGAGGAUCACGAGGAAGAUGAUAACGAUGGGUCCAGCGAGAGUGAUGUGGAGGAGGAGAAGAAUAGCGUCCUCAGUAGGUUGGAUCAUGAGACGAGCCGGUUCGAGAUGGUGUACCCCAAUUAUGGAGGUGAUUACAACAAUAUCUUGGAGAACAGGGUAGAUGAUCAGGAUGCUCACAUUGCACAGCUGGAGGAAGAGAAUUUGACGCUGAAAGAGAGGCUUUUCUUGAUGGAGAGGGAGUUGGGAGAUUUAAGGAAGAGGUUGCAGCUCUUGGAAAGGCAGAAUCAAGGGAUGGAUUAUGUCAAUGAGGAGGUAGUUGAGAAUGUAUCUGAAAAUGACAGUGGAGGAGGAUCUGAUAUCCACGGAAUGGAAUGUGAAAGCAAGGAAGAGGUGAUGGAAUAUGGGGUUGGCAACGUGGGAGGUACAAACAUUGACGCUGGCAAUGACUCUAGGAGGGAAAAUAACGAUUUGGCAAUUAGUGAGGGUGGGAGGGAUAUCUCUAUGGAUGAGUAUGCCCGGAAACGAGUGAUGCCAGAAGAAGGCCAUUUAAAGGGUGGGGAGAUGCAGAAUGAGAAUAUGCCUAUUGAAGCAAGUACCGAACAGGAUGAGUUAAAGAACACUGGGCAAGUUCGUGACUUGGCCACAGCUGAAGUGGAUGUGAAGAAGCUUGACAUCGAAGAUGAGGAUGUUGGAACUGUCCAUUCUGAGAAGAGCAUUGGCGAUGGUGACUGAUCUCGUCCCUCGUUAAUGGUGUCGCAUUGUCAUCUUUGUCAACUUACCAUAGGAGUGUUUGUCAAACACCUUGCUGGGAGGGUUAAUUUAUUUGAUGUAGCGGUUAUUUGAUAUCCAUUGGCCUGGACCUACAAUCCAACUGACCUGUUCCUGGCCACUUCGUACUUCUCCAUUUUAACAGUAUCAUCCAAGUAAUCGGCAUUUGGAUGAGGAGGUCUCGUGAAGAUUACAUCCUUGUGAUCAGACCUGGGAACCGUGAUAACUUGUUUCUUUGGCAGUCGCAAUCAGCAUGAGGGGCAUGUGCCUUUCUGGAUAUAUUUAGGAUAUUAUGUAAUUUUGCAUAUUAUGUACUCGACAUUUUAUUACUUGAGAUGGUCGUCAUGUAAAGACUAAAAAUAGGUUCGUGUACUCUUCACUUGAUGAACGAACAAACAUAAACAAAUUUCAAAUUCUCUGUUUUGCUUUACUCUUAAAUGGAGGAAGAACCGUUGGAGCCC